AUGGCGGAGCGAGAAACCAAGAAAGGCGGCCUGCGUGCCAUGUUUGGCAUGCGAUCAGGGAAACAACCAAAAGAGCCGGGUACGCGGAAGAAGCUUUCCAAGAAAGGAUCACGAAGCGAUAUACUCGGAAAGCUUGACUCAAACCCCAACGUCGCGAACACCAACCGCCAGGAUUCUGGCAGCUUCACGAAUGAAAGAAGCGAUUUAUCAGAGAACGCUUCUGGCUUACCGACCUACGAAGAUGUCACUGGUCUUGCGCCACAUGCGUUGCGUGAUCACCCAUAUGCUGCCGUUAACGCUCUUACGGACACAAAUAACGCAUACUUACAGCCUGGGCAACAAGCGGCCGAUUACCGUCGCAACUCAGAAGGACAACCACAGUAUGCUGCACCUUUAUAUCAACCACAUAGCUCGAGAUCUGCAUCAAUACCGCAACUGGAACACGAAAAAACUCUACCGUACGCGCCAUCAAAACCCCAGCCUUCAAGGUUAAGCAAGGCUCAUCGGGCGCCUUCGAAGCCCACAAGGGCCGAUGAUAUUCUAGACAAGGAUACCGGAGAAAGGAAGGAUCUGACAGAUAUGAUGCAUGCUUUCACAUACAUUGAUGGAGUGGAUACUAUUGAAGAAGAAAGGGAUGAUCAAUCGCUACUAUAUGACCCUACAAAGCCUGAUGGGAUGGCAGUAAUUGGCAGUGCAUCGCCUGAAGUAUGGCUUCGUAUUGCAGAUUUUCUGUCACCACUCGAUGUUGCCAACCUAUCGUCUACAUGUCGGACCAUGUAUGCUCGACUAGGUAGACACCCGUACAAACUACUUAUGGACCCGCUCCACCGGCCGCAUCGGCUCGAGUUUCUUCUUGCAAUGGACCAAAAGAUGCCACGCCAUCUCUUUUGUUUUCCCUGCGCGCAGUGGCAUUUACGAAUCCAGCCUGGCCUAGAGACACUGAAACCUCAAAAUGUCCUUAACCCACUCUUUGAAUGCCCUAAUCGAACCAACAUCCACAUCCCUCCACCGCGAAUUCGUCUAAGCGAUGGCCGCACGCUCCCAUUCGCCUUCAUUCAAUUAGCUCGCCGCCAUUGGGCCUACGGUCCAGAAUAUGGCAUUCCCCACCAGUCGCUGGGCCGCCGUUGGAAAGAUGGGUACUCGGACUGGAGCCAUGACUCUACAUAUCACAUCACUGACAAGGGUCACGUGUUGAUGCGCAUUCGAUCACAACAUUAUGUUGAAGGCGGUAUGACAGAUGCAGCAAAGCGCAUGCUUUUGUUUAGCCGUGGAGACUAUACGCCCUACUUCAGCGUAUGCGCGCAUUGGAAACAUGGACUACUAACUUCGAUCCCCAAGUGUGCACUGAAGCAUAUUCCUCACGUCCACGACUCCGAAACAACGGCUCUCGACAAGUUCCGCGAACGCAACUUAGGAAAAAGAGCCGUCGGCAUGGUUCACCUCUGCUCCGUAUGCCGACCGAUGCGUCGGUGCCCAAAAUGUCCCACCGAAUACUUGUUUGAACUCAAACUUGUCGAAGAUAAGAGUGUGCGCGGCAACGGCCCUGAACGCUUCAAACAGGCUCUCAUCGUUACGCGCUGGAGCGAUUUAGGGCCUGCACGCAGCCCCACGGAUCCUGAAUGGAGCGCUAUCACAGGCGAAAAUGACACAUACGACAGUUUCAUUGAGAUCGGGCGAAGAGCUGUUAGUGGUGUGUUUGAGAGUGCGUUCACGGACACGAUACCUGGGCAGCGGAUCAUGAGCAUGAACCCGAUGGACGUGAAGGCAAACGAGGAGAGCGGGGACUGGUACUAA